GUUAGGGCUGUCGGUCAGGGAGGAACUGAGUGUGGUUAGCUGAGGCGGAACAAAGAGGGGGAAGCUGUUUUGCCCUUUUUUGUACUGUACUUGGUCGGCGAAGUCCUCCAGACUACACUGGAACCCGAGGCUAAAGGACAAAAACGAAACUUUAGGUGAUCAAGGGAGCCUUAAGACGGGAAUUAGAUUAAAGCCGGUAAACAUUCCUCAUCUAAAUCUGUCAAAAUAGAGGCAGAAAAGUUCAAUCAAGGGAGCAGUCAUGCUGCCACUGUGAUCUGGGGCCCUGCGAUGGCAGUUUUGGCAGAUGUGGAGCCCAAGACUGAACAAAAGACAGGUGAAGGGAGGCUGUCUUGGCCUGUUUACCUGCUGACGCUUGCUGCGGUCACCUCCUCCUCUCUUUCAGUUUUGUCUCUGUACCAACUGGUAGCUCUCAGGGCUGAGGUAGAAGGACUCAGAUCAGAGGUCUGUCACAGAAGAGAUGAAGGACGAGAGCAAAUUGGAGGCCAGGUGAGAGACAGCAAGUUCUUUACAACAAACAUCUAAUCUGCACAGAAUCAGAGAGAGAUUUUGCUAGUAUGAGCUGAUUCUCUGUUUUCUGUCUAGACUGAAAAAUUCAGCAACAGGAGAAGCAGCGCAGAGCCUAUACACCAACCAGGAGCUCAAUACCCUGCACCCAUGACAAGGAGGAGAAGGCAGGUCACUGAAGGACAACCACAUGGUAGGCUCAACAUUAGCUUGAUGAUUUCUUAACAGUAACAAUGACAUACAGCUGUUAGUCAUUUGUCUCCAGUUCAAAACUGGCAUCGUUUCAUAAAUGAGUUGGUUCACUCGCCAAAAUGUUGUCAUUCGUUUUUGGCGUUAACUGGUGUUGAUGGUGUCAUCGUUUAGCUAUAACUGAUUUCAGUCAUGUUAAUUUUAUGACUUAAAAUUACAAAACAUCUCAUUCAGUGUUUUAUUCCUCUCAGAUUUAGGGAUAGAAAACUCUACACACUGUCAUUUAGAAUAGCAGGUUAUCAGUAGCUUAUCAGCUUGAGUGCUAACUACCUGAGAAAACAAUAGCAUCUAUUAGUGUUCACUGUUAGCUAAUGGUGUGAAUGUUGUCACCAUCAGUUCAAGCUUUUUGAGUCCCUGAGGUGUAAUGUUUACAAUCUACUGCCGCAGAGGGCUGGUGUCGUUGUCUCCCCAGAGAAUGAUAAAAGGAUGGAGGUGAAGAGAAAGGAAAGUAGGCCAUUUAAUCAGCUAUUUUCAGGUUGUGACUCAACUUAUCUCUACAUUUCUGUUUAUGUUUCAGUUUCUCAGCCCUGCCUACAGUUACUGGCAAACAGUGACAGGAAAACCUUCAGUAAAGGUACAGUGUUUCUCAACUGGGCUAUAAUAAUGUGGUGUUUUGUAAGAUUUUGAUUCAAAUAUAUAAAUAGAAAUUUUACAUUUGUUUUGUUUGGUUAGUCGGUGUUAUAUUCCUCAUCUUUAUAUCGAUGUUAAAUUAAGCAAUAUCAGAGGAAGUGUUGUUGCACUGAAUUUCAACAUGGGUGUGAACCCAGGGUAUGUUGAUAUUCAGUACAACAACAUGACCUCAGAAGUGAGGUUAUUUUUACAUACAGUUGGUUAUACCAAGAAACAUAUUAUAAAUAUAGUUAAUAGACUGUUAAGAGUUUAAAGCAGCAAAUACUUCAGGUUGUUUAUUUAAUUACUGGCUUUGCUCGACCUACAUCACUGUAAGCAACUAGACUGAGCUGUUGCAAAGACACUGAUACAUAUUUUCCCACUUAGUUAGUGCAGUACUUUGUGUAUGUCUACAAACCAUAAAUCAUAGCUUUAUUCUGACAUGUUUUGUUAAUGUUUUCUUUUUUUUUUUCUGUUUUUUUCUGUUCUUUUUGUUAAAAAGUUAGCCAUGAUAUAGACUAACACAUAAUUUCAGUAAUGUUAAUUAUGCUGCAUUAAUCGGUGUUGACAUGCUGUUGUACUUUAUACCAGAAAACAUGGAACGACUCUUGUCCAAUCAAAUUCGCUCGUCAGAACUAAGUGCUGUAUGAUGGUGUAAGCAGCACUUUUGACCAACUGUUUCGGAGCAAGUUGUAUGAUGGGAGGGUGUGCUUGUUACAGGUGUUUUAACAUGUCUUCUGUAAUCUUUCUCCGUCUUGAAUCAGAAUUUAGCGAAGAGCCACACACAGGUAUCCCCUGGCAAACUGGACUGAGGAGAGGAACAGCCUUGGAGGCAGAUGGAGACAGCAUGCGAGUCAUUGAGGAGGGAUACUACUUUGUGUACAGCCAGGUAGCUCUAUUUCUUGUCUUUCUACAGUUUCUCCACAGAAGGGCGCUGCUGCACUGCUUGCCAAUCACUGUCCUUCACAUAGGAGGGGAGCGCGUCUGCAUGGCUCGUAGGACAAAAAGGGUGUGCUUGAUUCAGGCAGACACACAGUUUAUAGACCUUGAAGAAAGGUCAGAUAAAGAGAGGAGAAUGCAAAUGUUGCAUGCAUAAAAAAUGAAGUUGCAAAUGCUCUUUGACUGUUUAUACAUGAUGAAACCCCGUGGCUAAACCAUUUUUCACAGUGUAAUUUUGUGUUCCUGGUGUGCUCAGGUGUUCUACAUGGACAGCGUCUUCGCUAUGGGUCAUGUGGUGAUUCGGAGGAAAAGAACUGUGGUGGGCAAUGAGUCUCAGUAUGUGAUCUUGUUCCGUUGCAUCCAGAAUAUGAAUAUGAACCCAGACUACUCUUUUAACACCUGCUUCACAGGAGGUAAGACCCUGCUGUUGUUUAUGUUCAGCUAUGACCCCCACCCCUACCCCCUUUUUGAAUAACAGCUUGUACAGCGAGUCAGUCACAGUGUUUUCCUGUCAUGGAAGUGUGUGUGGACUGGCUAGUUGUCUCUAGUUUGGUAUUCGUGAUAGCUGUUUGUGGAAGUAAAUAAGGGAAAUUGCAGCUAAAUGUCUAUUUUUGUAUUUGUUUCCUCCAGGUUUAGUAAAGUUGGAGGUCGGGGACCACUUGGAGCUGUUGAUCCCACGUCCCAGAGCCAACGUGUCCCUGGGCGGUGAUGACACCUUCCUGGGUGCCAUCAAACUGGCUUAGUGUGCCACUUUAAUUGGGAACUGUACUGAAGCUGAAUUAGUAAAUGUAAAAGAAGACUAUCUGCACAAUCCUAGCAGUACUCAGAAAAAAAUGCUCUUUUUAGCUACAUAUUGAUGUUGAUGUACACCUUACUUAAAUAUGAUUUUGUAUAAACUGGCAGGAUCAAGUUCUUCAAAUAAUCAGAGACCAUGACUGCACUAUGUUGGACUUGUAGAUGCAUCCUUUCCUAACAGCUAAAACAGCUUCUGAUGUGCAUCACUAAAACAGCUGCCCUUAUUUGUGUUACUGUCUUUGUGUUUCAGUGUAAACCACGCUGACCAGGUAUAUAAGUUGAAAGCCACAGUUUUAAAUUGAGUAAGCUAAUGUAUGUCAUACUGAUUGCAUAUGCCGAUGCAAUAAAGUCACAGGUUUGGCACUAGAGAUGACAUCAUCUGAA